AUGCACUGGUGGGCGAGUCCCUUCCCCCUGCCCCUGUGCGCUGAGCUGGGCUUCCCGCCGCUCAACGGGCUCCUCUGGCCCUUGCUGCUCCUCUUCCUGUGGUACUGUUACCGCAUGGGCUCCGACCUCCCCCCGCCGGGCCGGGCCCACCCGGGGGGGAAGCACAAGUCCGGCGCCCGGCGCUUCAUGAUGCUGUCCCGUGGCGCGGCCAGCGGCGGCCCCCGCGAGACGGCGUCGGGGUCCGAGGGGUCCGGGGUCCAACAGGCGCCGCCCCCCUGCAUCUCCACGCAGACCAGCGAGGACGAGGACCCCGACGGGAGGGAGUACCUGACGCCGGUGCCCGGACGCCCGCUGUUCCCGGCCCAGGCGUCAGCGGCAGGCAGGAAGCUGUACGCCGCGCUGCAGGAGUACGCCAAGCGCUACGGUUGGGUGGGCAUGGGACGCAUCCAUAAAGCACUCCGGGAACAGGUGAGACUGAGCGACCACUCCACCAUCCAGAGGCCUCACCUGUUCUUCCUGCCGGACGUCCCCAGUGUCCCUUUCUUCCCCCGCGAUGCCCACCGCCAUGACAUCGAGCUCCUGGAAGCCCAGUACCCCCUGAUCCUGGCUGAGUUCCAGGCGGUCUACCAGUGGGGUGUGGACUCCAAACUGGGAUGGAGCGGUCCCAAGGGCCAGACGGGGUUUCCCCUGUACAGUGCAGGGGUCUGUGUGGCGGGAAACUGCCGCUCCUGUCCCUACACGUACAGGACCCUGCUCUCCCUUCGGACGUUCAUCAGCAGCAACUCCCUGGGGGGGGCCGGCUUCGUGCUCCUGGGGCCUGGGGUCACGUUGGGGGGCUCCUAUGGGCCCACGAACGCCCGUCUGCGAUGCCACCUGGGUCUACAGACGCCACCUCUUUGUGAGCUCGUGGUCGGAGGUGAACCACAGCGCUGGUCAGAGGGACACUGCCUCCUAGUGGACGAUUCUUUCCUUCACACCAUUUCACACAAAGGGCCCCCCGAGGAUGGUCCCCGAGCCAUUUUCAGCGUUGAUCUCUGGCACCCCAACGUGGCUGCAGCUGAGCGACAAGCAUUGGACUUUAUAUUCAACCCAGACCUGUGAAUCCUUCCUGCCACGUCAAGAAUCUACCUGAUGCCUUAUUUAAACCAUGCUUGUUUUGGGCCAUGUGUAUAAAAGAAAUCCCAGCCAAUCGAUCACUGUGUGGAUCUACGCUUACUGCCAUAAGCCAUGGAUUAUAUAACCUAAACAGAGCAACGCUGAUGUUAUCAACCUUUGAGAGCAAUGCGUACUAGGGCACAUUAUAUCAUGUACACCAUGGAUGUUCCUUGCACGAGAAACCUGUUACUCAAUGACAGCUACACCAUGUUUUUAGCCUGUGCAUGUUUUUAACCUUUGCAUGCAUUCCUUCUGGAAGA